AUGGCAAGCGGCCCCGCGGGUUGUAGCCUGCCUUUGCGGAGGCGUCUCGUUCUUUUUUCUCUGGUUGCUCUUCUGCACGCGGGUAUACGCCCCUCAGCAACUCUCAGCCUCAGGGUUGCAGCCCGCACAGACACCCGCGGGCACGCCCUCCGUCCGCCGGCUGCGGCGCCGGCCGGCGCCGCUCCACAAACCAACUCCUUGCCGUCUUCUCAGCCUGCGUCUGCUUCACCUUCUUCCUCUUCGGCUCCAGAGCCUCCCGUCUUUCCGGCCUUGGGCUUUGGCCAGCUCGCGCCUCCCGUUUUGAUGCUCGUUCCGCAGAUGCCCACCUCAGGAUCGCCGCCUGUCGUGGACAAACCGGAAACGCACGAGGCCCCUUCUCUGCUUCCCUCGCCGAUCUCCACUCAGUCGGCAUCUCUCUCCUUCGCGGAAGAAGCAUCAGAGCACAAAUCGUCCGAAGAUUCCGCUUCUUCCGAAGAUUCCGCCUCUUCCGAAGAUUCCGCUUCGUCCCUUCCUUCUGACCUUCAAUGUACGGUCGCGUUUGAGGGACCGAUCAGGCAGCCGCCGACCCUCUCUCUCUCGUCAUCUUCACCGGCCGGUCCGUUUCUGGCCAUUUUACGCGACAGAAGUCCUGAAGCCAAUGGAUGGAUUCACGGAUUCCAAAAAAAUCUGCAUGCGGGCUACAAAGGCCCCUUCGGCGGGGAAGAAGGCGAGUACGCGAUGUGCCAUCCUCCGAGUGGUCAGCACGUGUACGAUAUCCUCGUGUUCGACAAAGACUAUACUCUUGGUCCGAAACUGAAGGCGAUGAUCAACACGCCGUGGCAAACACGAGCCAGAGCGCUGGGAUCCGAAGAAGAGCUCAUCAAAGACUUGACUCGCAACGCUUCUUCGGAAGGCACUCCAACAAUCGUCACCAGGUGCUCCGUCACCGUCUCACACGAACAAGUUACUGCUGAGGAAGGACGCGAGUGA